CUCCUCAAAGAUCAUUGUGAAGUCAAUGGCUUCAUGUCCAUGGUGCUUGGGAGAGUGUCUCCACAUCUUACGGGCUCAGGCCCCUAGAAGCCUGUUUCUCCCUGCAGUCCAGGACCUCCAGCUCAGCUCCAUGGAGCCCCCGAUCCCACAGAGCACCCCCUUGACUCCCAGCUCAGUCAUGGUCCAGCCCAUUCUUGACAGCCGGAUGCCCCACAGCCGGCUCCAGCACCCGCUCACCAUCCUGCCCAUUGACCAGAUGAAGACCAGCCACGUGGAGAACGACUACAUAGACAACCCUGGCCUGGCCCCCACCGCCGGCCCGAAGCGGACCCGGGGUGGGGCCCCAGAGCUGGCCCCGACACCCGCCCGCUGUGACCAGGAUGUCACGCACCACUGGAUCUCCUUCAGUGGACGCCCCAGCUCCGUGAGCAGCAGCAGCAGCACGUCCUCCGACCAGCGGCUCUUAGACCACAUGGCACCACCGCCCGUGGCCGACCAGGCCUCGCCGAGGGCUGUGCGCAUCCAGCCCAAGGUGGUCCACUGCAAGCCUCUGGACCUCAAGGGCCCGGCGGUCCCCCCGGAGCUGGACAAGCACUUCUUGCUGUGCGAGGCCUGUGGGAAGUGUAAAUGCAAGGAGUGUGCGUCCCCCCGGACGUUGCCCUCCUGCUGGGUCUGCAACCAGGAGUGCCUGUGCUCGGCCCAGACCCUGGUCAACUACGGCACGUGCAUGUGCCUGGUGCAGGGCAUCUUCUACCACUGCACCAACGAGGACGACGAGGGCUCCUGCGCCGACCACCCCUGCUCCUGCUCCCACUCAAACUGCUGCGCCCGCUGGUCCUUCAUGGGCGCGCUCUCCCUGGUGCUGCCCUGCCUGCUCUGCUACCUGCCCGCCACCGGCUGCGUGAAGCUGGCCCAGCGUGGCUACGACCGCCUGCGCCGCCCUGGCUGUCGCUGCAAGCACACGAACAGCGUCGUCUGCAAGGCCACCGGCGGGGACGCCAAGGCCGGCAGACCCGACAAGCCUUUCUGACGCUUUGGGUCGAAGCCCCAGCGCUGCCCCUGGAAACGUGGGUCCCUUCUGACGCCUGAGAAGACUGCAGCCGGCCCGAGGUUGUCUCCCCCUGCGGCUGCCUUGCCAGUCUGUCCACUCCCCACCCCCGGCUUUGGAGGAUGGAGACCACCGCCACUUGCUCUGCUCCCCAAGAGGAUGAAGAAGCCCUUUGGGGUUUUUUCGGGGUCUUGGAACUUUGUGUCAAACAGACAAUGGCAGGGGCAGGGUGUGGUUUGUGGGGGGGGGAGGAUUUUUCUUUUUCAGAAGACAGAACACAGAUGUGGACACAUCUCCGGAAGUUGCAGCUGCUUGAAUGCCUUCCCGGCCCCUCCUCCCCCUUCCUCCCUCUCUCCCUCUUUCCAUUGUCUGUGGCUCUGAGAGGAGCUAGCUGCCUGGGAAGAAUUGAUAACUGAGUGCCGGGGUACCUUUGAAGAAGACCCUUGGAGUCUUGACUUCUGUACCUUCUUCUCCUUCCCCUCCUCGCUCCACCCCAGUUCGCCCCGACCUUUUGGGGAAGGCGUAAGCACCCUAGCAGUCCCUGCUGUACAUACUCGGGAGCCCGCUGAGGACAGAGGACAGCCUGUGAGUCCAAGCUUUGUUCCUCCUCUCCUGCCUCCCCGGAGCCCCAGGACGGAUUUAGGAGCCACCGCGCAGUGCGUCUCUCCCCUCCAGCUUCGUCACUAACUCUUGGGCUGUUCCGUUCAUCACACCGUCCUUCGGUUCUUACCGAGUCACAGACUCGCCUGCCCACUGCGUGUCCGAGUUCUCUCUACUCAGAUCCUUUCCGGAAACUUGACGGGUAGAGAAGCCCAGGGCGACAAACGCGAGACCAAAUAUCAUUUUGCCAAUGAGUCUGAGGCUGUGGUCUCUGGAUCCAGUCAUUCUGUUUUUAUAGAAUAAUUAAACCAGAUGCUAACGGUGUUUUAAAAAAAUAAUAAUAAUACAACAACUUGCUUCCUUUUGGGCCACCCCCAGGAAGGGCUGAUUUCAAAAUCUGGGGGCGAGCAACCUCAAGGAACAUAAUUCCCCUCCCCACCAAGAAGAGGAUUUUUAACAGCAAAGAAGAGAGGCAGCACCUCCCAUUGGCAGAAUGAAUGGCAGUCGAGCCCAGCCGGGUUUGGGUUUCUUCUCUUCCAAUUCUGCUGCUGCUGUCACAGCCUUUUGUGUAUAGUGAUGUGUCUAUAUCUUUAAUGUACAUAGAGAGUCGAUGAAAAAAGAGUCUAUUUUAGAUUUAGGAAGCCCCAGUGUGGGGGAGUGUCAGAAGAGCUCAGAAGAGCUCGAGAUAGGGUGGGGGAAAGAUUCUCCAGGGGACACUGGGGACAGAGCCCUGCUUUAGUGCAUAGCCACACCACCCUCUCCCGACAGCCCCCAAAGACGUAGCAACUCUUUCUCUCAAGGUGCUAAAGGACUCAGAAAGUGCAGCACGUCCAGUGGGUAGGUACUUGUUGCAUGCAAAAGCUGUAGUGUGUCUGGUCCUUCCUCCCCAGCUGCGGUGGGGGGUUUUUGCUUUGUGUGGUAAUUUGUUUUCCCCUCUCACGAGAGGAUACGGCCGGGGUCGCAAAGAGCUUCCCCAGGCGAGAUCGGAAGUGCGUCAGGCAGAGCGGCCUCGCACUUCCAGUUUGUUCUGUAGGAACAGAACUGCCUCCAGGAAGGGGGCGAUGAGCAGGUAGCUGUGAUCGGCAUGCACCCGAUGCUUCUCCGGGACCUUUUUUUCCCUUCUUGAAGACUAGUAGUAACACCUUAUGAUUUAGAAUAAGUUAAUUGUAACCAUAGGUAUUUAUUGAUUGGAGGAAGGGAGGGUCAUGUUAUUUUCGGCUUUAUUUAUGUAACAUUUGCUAGCUUGUAAAAGGCGAAUGUGAAAUAUUGCCUCUGCAUUUUCUAAGGCUGAUUCACGUAGCUACCCUUGCCACAUUUGUGAUGGAUGUAUGGAUGUUCUUGAAUAUUUCGGAAGGAAUAGUAGAAAAAAAAAAAAUAUUCAGCCAACCACUUAUACUGAUUGAAUGUAUCAGGAGUGUACUGAAGGGACUGGCGAUGUUUCCGCAGCCGAGGUGGCCCCAAGACGAUUGCGCACACGUGCACUCUUUCCUGCAGGCCGCGGAACUUUCCCAGGCCCCUCCCUCCAAUCGUCUCCGUGGGAAACGACCCAGUGGCAAGUUGCACUUUGGUGAUCUUGGUGGUCUACACACCCAUUCUGUGGAGAAUUGAUUUACAUAAGCUGUGUAUGUAUACACACACACACACACACACACACCCUGACCCUCUACCGACAGAGACCCUGUUUCCCAGCAAGCGGCCUCCUGAACCCUGACAUUUUGUGUACAUAGUUGUAAACACGGAUUUUUUCUGGGUUUUGGUUUGCUUUUUUUCUUUCUUCCCCUCUGCCCUCUCCCUGUUUAGGCUUGUUCUCUUUGGUUUGCUUUCAUGCUGCUGCAGAGAUGUCUGCAGCUCUCCCUGACAGUCCACCUCGCGCCUCGUGUGCACAGCGGCGAAGGGAAGGAGUGAGGGGACCCUCCCUGGUUCUCCCAGCUGUCCUGUGUAGCAGUCCCUCAGCUUCUUGGCAAAAAAAAAAGAAAGAAAGUCAAAAGCUGGCUUAUCCAUGGACCCUCCCUGCCCCUGGGGCCAGUCGAGGGCCACUGCGGGACCAUGCACUCAGAGACAUGGCCAAUUUCUCUAGCUGCUUUUGGCUGUUUUUUGUACCAGUGGCUGGCUUGGCUGGAUUGUGCCUGGUCUUAACCUUCUGUGCAAAGCGCCAAGCUGGUCCCCACUCCUGUUGGCCCUGGGGUGGG